CAAGCACGCCAAGAAGACUUUGGCGGUCAAGAACGCUAUUAUAAUAUUGUUUUCAUUUAUAUAUACAUAAAAGAGCGAUUGUUAAUAUUUUCACGAAAGUUGACACCGAUAAGGCGUCAGUCGGUCGCGAAAGUCUCUAGCGAUGGCACCUACGGCAAAAUUCUCGGAAAACGACAAAGAAGACAGUGAAAAUAACUUCCCCUACGAAAUAACUGCGGUAGAUGAGAAUACGAAUAAGGAGCUUCUGAAAUACUUCACAGGAGAAAGAACUGGUUUUGUACAAGUUGGUCCAAAGAAAUGGUUUUUCCCAAGCGGGUACGAAAAGGAUGCACAUCAGUAUUUCAAUUUCAAGACCAGACCGGAUGAUACCUUUAUCAUCACUUUUCCAAGAUCUGGCACGACCUGGACACAGGAAAUGGUUUGGUUGAUUGUGAACGAUUUGAACUACGAUGCAGCUGCAAGAAUACCUUUGACCGAAAGAUCACCAUUUCUUGAGUUCAGCUCAUUCGUGCACAAGGAAACAAAAGCAGAGUUUUUAGAAGAAAACUUGAAAAAUCCCAUAAAAUACAAACUUGUGGAAAAAAUAGAUUACCCAAGAUGGAAACUAUUGGAAAGUAUGGCAGGCAAACGAAUUAUUAAGACUCAUCUCCCAUUCAGUUUGCUGCCUCCCGAUCUGCUGAAGACUGGAUGCAAGGUAGGAGUUAUUUUACAGUAGACAGGUGCAAAAAGAUUGU